CCACAAAAAGCACCACAGAUUCUAAUGUAAAACCAAAGCAGUGCACCGCGACACCCAUAGUACAAUCUACCUCUACAACCUCAUGUCAACAGAAUCAGAUCCAUGAAGCAAAUCACCAAAAACAACCAAGUCAUUCAUCCCAGGUCAAAACCAAGUUAGCUACAGCAUCAACGAGGCGGGAAAUUGCCGAGAUUGACGCUUUUUUACCGCCUAUUGACUAUACCACCGCCGUGGUGAUGAAAGUGCAAACAGUUACACAGACAGGAGAUCUGUUUUCUUUAAAAAAACGGCCAUGUGUCGCUGUUUUAAAGAGAGCCGAAGAUUUGUUGGCAAUCGAAAAGAAAAAAGGUCUAGUACCAAACCUUGGAGUCCAUAUAAACGGUUUUGGAACAUUCAGUGAAGAYGAUCUUGAGUCACUGAUACGCCUUUCGCGUGUUUCAAGUACUGCUGCCAUGGUAACAGAGGAAACGAUCUGGUUGGCUCAGUUUAACGAUGUUCCAAGUGGAGAAUUGGAUAGAUUGAAAGACGUUCUUUGGAACAAGCCCCCUAAUGAAAUUAUCCUGCGACUUAAAGGGAAGUCUAUAGAUGUGCUUUCUUUCGCUGAUAUCAUUGCUGAGAGGCACAUUGACAACUUCGUGGUCGACAUAUGCGUUCAAAAGUUCAACGAGGAGGGACACUCGAAUGUCCUUUACUUACCUUUAGAAUUUUAUGAUUGGAUGAAGGCUAAAGAUACAGCAUUCACAAAAGAGAAAAUAAGAAACUGCGUAUUAGAAAGGAAAAACCUGAGCGAAAUUAAUAUUAUUAUUAUCCCAGUCCAUAUGCCAAGUCAUUGGGGUCUAGCUGUCAUUGACAUUGAAAAUGGAAAAAUGAUGUUCGACGACGGGUUAAAAGUGUAUCCUCCUACAAACACACUGAAUUGCCUAAAGAGAGCUCUAGAACUCAUGCACGAAACGUUCCCUCAUUGGGCAGCCCUUCAAUCAAGAUUUUGGGUAAACUGUCUGGCUUUUGAUCGGUUUGGUAUGCCAUCGCAACUGAAAUGCAGAAACAUUGGCAGAGGGAGUUGUGGCAUUGGCAUCAUCCUUGCUGCCAGAGACUUCAUUUCGAGGGGUGUGUCUGCAACCAACAACAUCAGGUGGAAGUACUCUUUAAUGAAUAAUCUUCGCUUGGACCUUAUGACACAAAUURUCAAGUGGUCUUCAAGUACAYGAAUAUUGAAUAUUUCAUCUCUAGCAGAUCAGGUCUGACUGAAACGAUAUUUAGCCACGUAAAAACGGAGACACAUCUUGCCACAGUCCAGGUCUUUUCCGUAAAUAUAUGGGUACCAUUUCACUUCCAGUUCGCGGGUGGCUCUUCCUGAACCUUUUCCAACUACUAUACUUGAACGGCAAGUUAUAUGGGUAGUUUGCCCCCCAUGGUAGUGAUUAGCCCUACGCUUGGCUGCUGCUAUGGCGGCGAGCGGAUCUUCUGGCUCAAGCUGAGCGCCUUCACAUAAAUCUUCUCCUUGCCAAGCCACGUGUUUUUCAAGGUCAUUUCCAAAAAUCCGUUCGAAGCAGUCCUCCUCAUACAGUUUAUAGGACUCCAUUACAGUUGACUUCGACAUGAUUGGUGCUCGCCAGUGUGGCAUAACCUUGAUUGUGUUUGGAGUAGGGUUCCCAAGAUCGCUUAUAAAUCGAUCAAAGAACUGGUGUGGGACAUGGUGAAAUUCUAGUUGGUGCCAUUUUCCUACAGAGAAGAAAAGAAAAAAAAAAGAAAAAUAACUUUUGCUAGAAUUGCUUCAAAAGGCCGUUUAUGGCAGAGUUUAAAGCUACUUAAAGCUCCAUGUCAGUCAUUUUUUUAUCAAAUAGGUUUAACUUAAACUUGAACUUUACCUUUGCAACGGUGAUGGUGCGUGUUUCGAACUCGUUCUAGGGCACAAGAAA